AUGCCCAACUCUCCGUAUCAUAUCCUUCUGAGAGGGGUUGGAGGGAUUGGUUCAGCACAAAUCCAGGAGGCCGUUCCCCUCGUGCUCCGGUCCCCUCCGCGGUCCCCCGCGGCACCUGCGCCCACCGCCGCUGGAGCCCCUACCUGCAGCGCUGGCGCCCCCGCUGACUCAGUCCGUCCGCUCCAGCGAGGCGGCGGCGGGGGCGUGGGAGCGAGCCGCGCCGGCCGGGGUGGGGCUGCGCCUCCAGGGCUCCCGGGGGACCGACGGGCCCUGGGAGCCGGGAACGAGGAAGAGGCGGGAGGCGGAAGUGGGGGAGGGGCAGCGGCGGGCUCACUCGCUCGCAGCUCGCCCCGCGGCCGGAGGCAGCCCCUGCGAGCGCGACUACUGGUACUUCCAAGGCAGUCAAAAAGUUACCCGCACGCAUCCUUCCGCCCUCCGCCCAGUCGGGCUUCUCUGCACCACCCUCGCCGCCGACGCCGGUGCGCUGGUCUCCGCUCGCUCAGAUGCACUUGCUGCGCCCCCGCCCCGCGCAGACCCGCGGCGGGCACCCGCGCCGGCUGUGCCCACGCACACUUCAUGCUCUGCGCCUUCUGGGCAGCGCCCACGCAACGACUACGCGCCCUAAUCCUGCCUCCGCGUCUCCUGGCUCAGACCAGUGCUAGAAGUGUCCAGUCUAGCAGCUCCUGGACCAAGACUCCCUGGCCAUUCCUUUUCUCCUCCCGUCCAUCCACCCCCUUACCGUCAGAGCUCCGAAAGCAGCGUGGUGACGGGUGCGGGGAGGGGAGUGGGGAGAUCUCUCUGAGAUACUUCUACUUUGGGGUCACUGGAUCAUUCAUUCGACAAACGUCCGCGAGCAAGCCAGGAACUAGGAGCCAUCCUUGCCACCUCCCUCUCCCUCGCUGCCCAUAUUAAAAUACACCUCCAUUUCCUGUCGAUU